AUGGUCCGCCAACUCAAAUACCACGAGAAAAAACUCCUCCGGAAGGUCGACUUCAUAAACUACAAAUCCGACGGCGGCCACCGCGAGCACCAGAUCCGGCAACGCUACCACCUCCAAAACGACACAGACUACAAGUCCUACAACGCACUGGCCGGCUCCCUCCGCCAACUCGCCCACAAGCUCUCCCAGCUAGACCCGGACUCGGACCCGCUGCGCAAGAAGAUCGAGUCCGAGGUUCUGGAUAAGCUGUGGCGGAUGGGGCUGCUGAAGCAGUCGCGCGAGCAAGGGGCGGGGUUGUCACGGGUGGAGCGCGAGGUGACGGUUUCGGCGUUUUGCAGGAGGAGGUUGGCGGUUGUGAUGGUGCGGACGGGGAUGGUGGAGACGAUCAAGGCUGCUGUCACGUAUAUCGAGCAGGGACAUGUGCGCUGUGGGCCGGAGAUCGUCACGGACCCGGCUUAUCUGGUUACGCGCAAUAUGGAGGAUCAUAUCACCUGGGUGGAUAGCAGCAAGAUCAAGCGCAAUAUCAUGCGCUACAGGGAUAACCUGGAUGAUUUUGAUCUGUUGUAG